UCGCUCUGUGUGUCCUAGCCGGGUGCCCGCCUUCCCGAGCUGGCAGGCUCAGAGCCUGGGUGGAGAUGCAGAGGAAGGCGGAGUGAGCCUUCCCCAACCCUGGCGCUGCCUAGGAGGAAGAGCUUGGUGGCGCUAGGCUUUCUCGCGAAUGUGACUUGGAAGAACAGUUUGGGAUUUUUUCAUUGCCUGGGGGUGAGGGAGCGAGGAUGCGUGCCAGCUGCCGGCGGUAGAUGCAGCCUGCCUCCUGAGGAAUCAGGUCUCUCUGAACUUUGCCUCGUGUGUGCAUCAUAGCGCAGAGCAGCUGGCGGCGCUGUGCAGGAGUUUCGACGACGCCCAGGCCCACGGCAUGGAGGCCCCCAGGGAGAUUCGGGAGCUGCCGCGGCCGCUGGCCCGCCACCUCUCGGACGCAGACCGCCUCCGGAAGGUCAUCCAGGAGCUGGUGGACACGGAGAAGUCCUACGUGAAGGACCUGAGCUGCCUCUUUGAGCUGUAUUUGGGGCCACUUCAGAGUGAGACCUUUCUGACUCAGGACGAGAUGGAGUCACUCUUCGGAAGUUUGCCAGAGAUGCUCGAAUUUCAGAAGGUGUUUUUGCAGACUCUCGAGGAUGGGAUCGCAGCAUCGUCUGACUUUAACGUACUUGAAACCCCCUCGCAGUUUCGAAAACUGCUCUUUUCGCUCGGAGGCUCCUUCCUGUAUUACGCAGACCACUUUAAACUAUACAGCGGGUUCUGUGCUAAUCACAUUAAAGUGCAGAAGGUUCUAGAGCGAGCUAAAACUGAUCGAGCCUUCAAGGCUUUCCUGGAUGCCCGGAACCCCACCAAGCAGCACUCCUCCACGCUGGAGUCGUACCUCAUCAAGCCGGUGCAGAGAGUGCUCAAGUACCCGCUGCUGCUCAAGGAGCUCGUGUCCCUGAUGGACCCCGACAGCGAGGAGCACUACCACCUGACAGAAGCACUAAAAGCCAUGGAAAAAGUCGCAAGCCACAUCAACGAGAUGCAGAAGAUCUACGAGGACUACGGGACCGUGUUUGACCAGCUGGUAGCAGAGCAGAGCGGGCCAGAGAAGGAGGUGACAGAACUGUCCAUGGGGGAGCUUCUGAUGCACUCCACAGUGUCCUGGCUGAACCCAUUCCUGUCGCUGGGAAAGGCCAGAAGGGACCUUGAGCUCACGGUGUUUGUUUUUAAAAGAGCUGUCAUAUUGGUGUAUAAAGAAAACUGCAAACUGAAAAAGAAAUUGCCCUCCAACUCGCGGCCUGCGCACAGCUCUACUGACUUGGACCCAUUCAAAUUUCGCUGGCUGAUCCCCGUAUCCGCACUUCAAGUCAGGCUGGGGAAUACAGCAGGGACAGAAAAUAAUUCCAUAUGGGAGCUGAUCCAUACGAAAUCAGAGAUAGAAGGCCGGCCAGAGACCAUCUUUCAGUUGAGCUGCAGUGACAGCGAAAGCAAAACAAACAUUGUCAAGGUGAUUCGAUCUGUUCUGAGGGAAAACUUCAGGCGCCACAUAAAGAGCGAGUUACCACUGGAGAAAACAUGUAAAGAUCGCCUGGUCCCCCUGAAGAACCGCGUCCCUAUUUCAGCCAAAUUAGCUUCAUCCAGGUCCUUAAAAGUUCUCAAAAAUUCCUCCAGCGGCGAGUGGCCUGGCGAGCCUGGGAAGGGCAGCUCGCUGGACUCCGACGAGGGCAGCCUGGGCAGCAGCUGCCACACGGCUGGGAGCAGGCCGGACUCCCUGAAACACACGCCUGCGGACGUGGCCGACUUCGCAGACAGCCUCAUCAAAGAGAGCGAUAUCCUGAGUGACGAGGACGAGGACGGACCUCAGGCUCUGAAACAGUGCAGCCCGACCGGAGACAUCGAGCUUCAGUUCCAGAGGCUGAGGAUCUCCGAGGGGCCUGACACUGUGUCGGCCGAAUCGCAGCCGAGCACCGAGGGGCCAACGGCAGGACAGCAGCCCAAACUGGUGCGGGGACGCUUCUGUCCCCUCAAGCGGAGAGCAAACAGCACCAAGAGAGACAGGGGGGCUCUGCUCAAGGCGCAGCUGCGUCACCAGUCCCUCGACAGUCCCUCUGAGAGCGCCAGCCUUGAUUUCAGUUCUGUCCUAGAGCGAGAGUUCAGUGUCCAGAGUUUGACAUCGGUGGUCAACGAGGAGUGUUUUUAUGAAACAGAGAGCCACGGGAAGUCACAGUCCACCUGCAAUCCAGAUCGGGGUUGACUUGUUCAAACUGGUG